AGGGUACUGAAGUGAAUUGUCAUUGUUUAUGUUUAAACAGGAAAUAUGUUUUCACCACCAAAUACUACAUGGUUGGAACGUAUGCAAUCAAUAAAUGCCCAUUGUGCUUAUAAAAUGAAAACACUUCCUACAUUUGUAAUAUAACAUAGCCAUACAAAAUAAUAUUUUCGGAAAAUCCAUGACUCAGUCAAGGUUAUGCAAGUUAGUUUUGGAAACCUACACAUGCUAUUUAUAUCUACUUUAUAUAAGGAAGUUUACGUGAUAAUGGACAUAACAGAAAUUUAAGAGAUGCUGAUAGAACCGUCGGAUAUAUACUAUUCACAAGACAGUAUAUCUAAAUACUUCGACAGAAGAUCAUUACAUGGGACACAAACGAUCGGACAAACGUUAGAUCAAGUAAUUAUUGGAUAUUGUUCAGUGAGUAGCAUUCCUACAAUAUCAGUUGUUAGAAUACGAGAACAUGGAGAUAAAUGGUUUUCCUUAGACAACAGGCGUCUGUGGGUGUUCAAACAGCUUGAACGGCUUGGCUAUUUGGAUACAGUAGAAGUAAGGUGUGAAGUUUUUGAUUAUUACAGGCAUGGCAGAAAAAUAACUACAAAUAAUGGAGGAAUUUCGAUUAGAAUUCGAGGUGACAGUGACCCCGAGGGUGAGGGGCACACUUUGCCAGAUAAAUGGUACCCAAAACUACAAAAGAUGCUAGAGAGGGAACGCAGAAAAGAUGUCCACAGUCAUAUGGCCAGUAAAACAAUCUCUGACAGGCCAGUAUCCAGACAUCAUCCUAUAAGCGUCACUCAGGAUAAUGUAACAAAACCUUCUAUAUCAAAACCAUGUUACGUUAAAGAUGAGUAUGCAGGAACUAAUGUGCCUAUAAAACGUGACAAAAGAACAUCUUUACAGCAGGGUAAUUUGUUUGUAGGAAACUCUCAAAGUCAGUGUGACAGUAGCCUGACAAGCUUUCGAACGAAAACAACACAGGAAAUGCCUGUAAACAAUUCUUUAGAGAACUCUUCACGUAUGGAACAAUAUCAUACACCACGGAGUACACCAUCAAACCGGCAUAUGUUUGAAAAUUACACAGAUAAUUCAAGUCGUUUACCUUCAGCACAUUCAGUGUUUCAAAGAGAAAAUGAAACUAUACCUUUUAAAAACCAGCGUAAAACUGGUGGUAACGAUGAUGGGACAUUUUCAGACAGGCUUAGUAGACUUAGAGUCACCGACACUCCAAAAGAGUCAUACAGAUAUUCCGACAUAUCGCAAGAAAUUUACCAUCCCAUUCUCAACAAGCAUGUUGUUUCUGAUAUACGUGAGACGUCUUUUGAUGAAACCGUUGACGGAGGUUUCAAAACGAGGACUGGUUAUCGAACACACUCAAUCACUGACAAAACAUUAAAAGAAAGGGAGACUGACAGAAGUGGGUUGUAUCGGGAUUAUAUGUUGACCCACUCAGAUAAAAGUGCAAGAAAAGGUAAUAGCCCGAAGAUAAACCAAUUGUAUUUCUCUGGGUACAACACAGCUACAAAGGUUUUGAUGCCUUCUAAAUACCCAAAAGAAGAUCUAGCGGCAUACGAAAUGUCAGUAAACCGGGACCACGCUUUAAAGGGAAAGGCAGAAAUAUAUGGGUACUAUGAGCACACUUGUGCUACAGAUGACGUUUUGAAGGUUAAAGAAACGCAUUAUGUUCAUGCGAGAGCGCCAUGUGUUAGACCUUUAUCCAUACCCAAACAGUUCUGUGCAGCAGCAGAUGAACACGGUGCCACAGCUAUGGUUACUAAGACAGACGAUCGUACAAGUUACUGUAGUCCAGACUCUAAAGCUUUUGACUCUAGUGGGGUAUUUGGUCUCAAAGUCAGAUCUUCCACUCGUUGUGACAGAAAUAGUGGGCUCACAAGACAGCAGUUUGCUAAAUAUGUUCCAACAUGCACGGAAGGAGAAGUUGAAACAAACAUGUCAAAACUGUUAAACCGACAACGAUUCAGACACCUAUUACGAGACGCCUGGAGUACAGAGGCAGUUUAUGGGUCAAGUGAUGAUUCUUCAUAGAGCAUAUACCCACUUUAAUUCUUAUUUCCAUUUGGAUAAAUUUUUAUUACUUCAUGAAAAAGCAUCCACCAGUAAAAGUGCGUGUUUCGUUAUUAGAAUAUGUCCACAGGUCGUGGGAGAGAGAUCAGAACACAGCACGUGAUUCUACUCUAUACUAUUUACUGUAACGACUGACUAGCACGGGAAGCGCUCUCAGAAUAUGUAGGGGGCAUUUACGCAUGCGCAUUUAACAUAAACAAAAGUAACACAUUAACAAAGUAUAACAAAUAUAACAGAAAAUCAGAUUAAACAGAAUAAUAAAAAUUAGUACAUUGUAUUGAUUAAUACAUGUGUAACAUCAAGAAAUUGUUAUGAAGCAAUAAUAAUGUUCCUAAUAUAGUAAAUAGAGUAAAAAGCUCUGAGCGAUUUUCUCACACUCCGACCAGAUCGUGUUACAUAACUGUAACCAUUUUUGGAUUUGUCAUUGAUGCUGGGCAGAGCGGUAUCAGGGGUUCUCAGUGGGUAAUUGUUGUUGGUGUUAUUUUGGCGCGACUUUGCAUGAUUUGAUUUGGACUUUAUGAACAUGCGAUUGCGCCUGUAUCUCGCGCCAUCGGAUGCCUGAAUUUUGUAUGACCUUUCGUUGUGCUGCUCAAGCACUUUCCCUGGUUCCCAUUUUUCUUCCGGGGUUUUCUAAUGUGAUAUUUUCCCCUGAUUGCAGAGAAGGGAGUGAUCGUGUGGA